GGUUGGCAUCGUCUCUUCUCUCUCAUCUGGUCUGCAUUACGAGGGAGUAUAAAACUACUGCACCGAGAGAGAGAGCUCCACAGAGCUGACAGCCUCUUAACAGACUAACCCCAUACGCUAACACACUCGUGCAGCUAUGGCCAUGGUACUGUGGGUCUUUUUGCUCUGUCUGCAGGGAUGUCUGCUCACACAUGCUCUGGACUGCAUGGGCAGGAGUGUGGACUGUGUCAACACACAGGUUACAGAAGUCAAGGUUAAAGAUGAGCAAUUAUCUUUUCUGACGAGGAUUAGAAGACAAGCUCAACUUACUCAGCGGCCUGGAUCUUAUUCAGUCAAAGGAUCUCCUAACACACUCAUCCAGACUGACAGAUCGAGGCGACAUUUGAAUGCUAGUAAAAAAAAGCCUGUAAGAUCUCGCAUUGGCUCGUACUCACUUCUUACCCAUAACCACGCAGCCAACCCACUGCAGGUCGUAAGUGUUCAUAGGAACUUUGAGGGUGUGUCCCAUCCCAAAGUGGCUGCAUUAAAGUCUGUGAAGAAGAGAUCCAGAAGAAGUGUACCCAAGAGAAAGAAGAACGCAAGGAAUAACACAUGCUCAUGAGAGAUUCUUUGAAGCACUUAAGCUGUACUUCCUGUUAACGCUCUAGCUCAUUUACUAAUUCUGUGAGAUCACACAGAUUCUGUGACAACAUGAUCACAAUUAAUGACAAUAAUUGGACAGUCCCACACUUAAAUAUCUAAAAUAAAUGACUUAAAUAUAAACAUAUAUACACCAUACUAAGCUUUCAAAUCUGCAUAAUUCUCAUUUAGAAGUAAAAUAAUUAACUUUUGCUAAUAUGAUUCUAAGCAAUGUUAUACUAAGUUAUAUAAGUCUUUAUACACUGCUUGAACAAAUAUAUAAAAAAUGUUUUGUGGAUUUUUUAUUAAAUAAACUUUAAUUUGAAUGGUCUGAACUACUUCACAUUAAACAGAUGAAAUGAAA